CUUUAUAUUAAUAAUAUAAUAUUGAACGUUUUUAAAGAAAGUUAUACUUAUUAGUUUUAUGUAAUUUGUUACGAUUUUAUCCCAAAAAGAUUUCUAAGUUUAAAUUGUUAAUUGACUAUUUGUUACCAACAACAGCUCAUCAUGGAAACUUAUGACGUUAUUGUUAAUCAGCCUGUUGUCAUAGACAACGGCUCAGGUGCCAUUAAAGCUGGAUUUGCUGGGGAACAAACGCCAAAAUGUUGUUUUCCAAAUUAUAUUGGACGACCAAAGCAUGUUCGAGUAAUGGCUGGUGCUUUAGAAGGAGAUACAUUUAUUGGACCAAAAGCGGAAGAACAUCGAGGUUUGCUAUAUAUCAAAUAUCCUAUAGAACAUGGUAUUGUAACUGAUUGGAAUGACAUGGAAAGAAUAUGGCAAUAUAUAUACGGUAGUGAUCAACUUCAAACAUUUUCUGAAGAACAUCCUGUACUGUUAACUGAAGCCCCUCUAAACCCACGACGAAAUCGUGAAAAAGCUGCAGAAAUAUUUUUUGAAACUUUCAACGUUCCUGCAUUUUAUGUGUCUAUUCAGGCAGUUCUUAGUUUAUACGCUACUGGUCGCACUACUGGAGUUGUUUUAGAUUCUGGUGAUGGAAUUACUCACACUGUUCCAAUUUAUGAAGGUUUUGCUAUGAAACAUGGUAUUAUACGGUUAGAUUUAGCUGGCCGAGAUAUAUCACGUUAUCUUAAGUUAUUACUAAGAAAAGAAGGUUUAAAUUUUUCUACGUCUGCAGAAUUUGAAGUAGUUAGAGCAAUUAAAGAAAAAGCUUGUUAUGUAGCUUUAAGUCCAGUUAAAGAAGAAUCAUCUGAUAGUAAUAUAUAUCAAUAUAUGCUACCUGAUGGAAACAAAGUUGAUAUUGGCCCGGCUCGUUUCCGUGCUCCAGAAGUGUUAUUCCAUCCCGACUUAAUUGGUGAAGAAUGUGAAGGCUUACAUGAAGCAUUAGUAUAUUCAAUACAAAAAUCUGAUUUAGACGUACGAAAAAAAUUAUAUCAAAGUAUUGUACUAGCUGGAGGAUCAACUCUAUUAUCUGGAUUCGGUGAUAGACUAUUAUCAGAAAUUAAGAAACUAGCACCUAAAAAUAUGAAAUUAAAGAUUUUGGCGCCACAAGAACGUCUGUAUACGACAUGGAUCGGAGGUUCUAUUCUGGCGUCAUUGGGCACAUUCCGCCGGAUGUGGGUGUCGAAACGAGAAUUUUUCGAAGAAGGCUCGAGGGUGAUACACAGAAAAACGAUGUAACACCGCCUCCGACUCGCUCACUGCUGCCUGCCACGUUUCCGACCCUCUCGGCCAAACGUCACGUCGAGGCGCACGAUCAUAAUUGCCUUAUGCGGAUUGAUCCUCAAUUAUAUCGUCUUUUCUAACACGGUUCUAGCCCGACCCUUUUUGUCACCCCUAUCCGCUCGACGCCCAGCCACAAACAAACAAGCUCUUGUACAAAUACCCAUUUUUUCGUCAUCAGCCCAUUUGUUUACUUUAUUAGUUUUAUUAUUAUUAUUACAAUUUGUUUCGCUUAUCUAUGUGUAUUUAAUAACGAUUAUAUAUAUAUAUAUAUUAUAUUAUAAUAUUUAUUGUAGGAUUAAUCUCUUUUUUUAUAAUAUUUGAAAUACUUCACUUCUGUAUAAAUAAAUAUAAUACAGUUACGACGAGGGUCUCGGUCGUAUACGAGUAAUUUUUAAUUUACAUCUAAUUAUUUUAUUGUUUCGCAAAAUUAAUUUUAAUAUAUCUACGACGUCGGCGCAGUCUUAACAGUUAAGCGGAAUCGGUUAAUAGCGUCUGUAAAUAUAGUAUAAUUUAUAUUUACUAAAUUAAAUUUAUUUAUUUUUACAAUUUAAAUUAAAAACAAUAUCAAUUAACUACAACCGUUACUAUAAUAAUAUAUUUGUGUGUAAAUACCAACUUUCGCUACAUAAUAUGUGUUAUUAUAUAAUGUUAUAUUGUCUGUCAAACCUAACUGACGCAGUUUGAUUGACAAAAUUGGUAUUAAUUUGCCAAAAAUAAAUACAGUUACUUAACAAAGAAAAA